ACGUGCUGAAUCCAGCCCGACUGAGCUGGAACGAAGCGCUUGCGGUGUGCGAAGUGAUGAACGGAUCCCUGGCCACCAUACGAAGCCUGGCCACCGUGCCAGCUCUUGGCAUCAAAGGGAACUGGACGUUUUGGAUCGGCAUUCGUAAAACCGAGGACACGUCGAGUUGGGAGAACGUGGACGGAAGUGAGGUCACAUUCUAUAACUGGGACUGGGAUCUGUUGCGGUCACGUGAGUCGGGACGCGACUGCGCAGUCUCCAGCACCGUGCUGCCUUAUUGGUGGGGUCAGCAUAACUGUUCCGAGGAACUACCUUCGCUGUGUGAACUAAAAGAGGGCGACUGUCGAUAUUUGUUGUUCACGAACUCGUCCCUAGUGGGCCACAACAAGAACAUCUUUCUUCAGGUGAGUGUGUCGACGUGCGAGGCGCUGUGUUCGAACGAGACGCGAUACGAGUGCCGCUCCUUCCUGUACGACCCCGUCCAGCGAGUGUGCACCCUCACCGACUCGGAGCGAUACACACACAUGAGCGACUUCCGCCUCAACACCGACAUAGAGCGCGUCUACUACCACAGGACAUGUGAUACAGGUUACAUCAUGCAAAACUCUACGGAUCCCCCUCCGGUGGAAAUCACGUCCACUCCAGUGUUGAGGUCAUCACCCAGUGUGGUGCCCACGCCAAGCAUGACGUGUCUGGAGAUUCGAACGUACGAGGUGAACGAGACGGUGCCCGUGAUGAAGGAGGUCAAGGAGCUGCAGAGUAUCGGCUCCACUCUCAAGAAGCGAGCCUCGAGACUCAAGAAGACGAGCACCCCGGACAUGAGGCGAUCAUCAACCUACAUCGGCACGUUCGCCAUCGCCAUCUCAGCCGCCAUCUUGGGCAUGCUCAUCAUCCUCGACCUGGUCUCAAUCCCGCGCUACUGCAGACACAACGCCUGCUGCGGCAACGUUUGCCGCAGCAAGGUGAUGAAGAAAGAGGCGACAAGAACCAAGGACGAGAAGGCGCUGCAGCAUCACUUCAAGGCCAUGAAGCGGCACAUGCGCAUUCUGGCCAUGCAGCAGACGACGAACAGUCACGUGGACACAGAGUUGGACUUCGAUGUCGACAUCUUUAACAGGGAGGCCGAGGUGCUCAGCGAACACUCGUUUUCCAACGAAAUUUACGAGAGCAACGACUGGACCGGAAGUCACCCAGUCUCUCCUCCAGCGGAGUUGGCCAAGCAUUACGAUUGGUCGGACGUGGCAGACGGCACGACGUCUGGACGAAUGGGAGAAGAGAAGAAGCUGAACUGGCCAGAUGAUAUCAUUUAUGACGAGGUGCCCAUCCGUCGCUGUAAAUACGUGGACACAAAGUCCAAGUACAUUUACAGGUCACAUAUUACAACACAUCUAUAACAGCAGUGUGUUGUAAAUACAUGGACACAAAGUCCAAGUACAUUUACAGAUCACAUAUUACAACACAUCUAUAACAGCAGUGUCUUGUAAAUACAUGGACACAAAGUCCAAGUACAUUUACAGAUCACAUAUUACAACACAUCUAUAACAGCAGUGUCGUGUAAAUACGAGGACACAAAGUCCAAGUACAUUUACAGGUCACAUAUUACAACACAUGUAUAACAGCAGUGUCGUGUAAAUACGUGGACACAAAGUCCAAGUACAUUUACAGGCCACAUAUUACAACACAUCUAUAACAGCAGUGUGCUGUAAAUAGGUGAAUAACAGCCAGAUACAUUUAUAGAUCACAUAUUACAUAUUUAAUAGCAAUGUGGUCAAUGCAUCGCGGUAAAUAUGUACGCAAUAAGCUAAAUACAUUAUAUAGAUCACAUAUUACAACACAUCUAUAACAACGGGUGUGUGUAAAUAGGUGGAUAACAAAAGCUAAAUACAUUAUAUAGAUCACAUAUUACAACACAUCUAUAACAA